CCUCCUCUCAGAGUUGCUAGAAGCAACAGGAAGCGACAAAAAGAGUGCGGGCAGGAGGAAGAGAAAAGAAACACACACACACAGUGGAGGCCCCAGAACCAUUCCGCUGGACUGAGGCGUCUCCACUCCAGACCCCGUGCCCUCCUCCGUCUGAACCCGACCUGCCUCCACCGGACCGGGGCUGUGGGAGCUGGGACGAUACGUGGCACGUUAGAGAGCAUGUCCUCCUCCCGGAGCUGAAGGAGUCGAGCUGCCCCCUCGGAGCGAACGGACGAGUCUCUUUGAACCUGGCAAUGGCCAACGCCACCAGUUUCCAGUAUGAGCCAGUGGCAGAGAUCGGAGGAGGCGCUUACGGGACUGUUUAUAAGGCCAGAGACACGGAGAGCGGGCAGUUCGUCGCUCUGAAGAGCGUGCGCGUCCAGACAGACCAGAAUGGCCUGCCCAUCUCCACAGUCAGAGAGGUGGCUCUGCUGAGACGGCUGGAGCAGUUUGACCACCCAAAUGUUGUCAGGCUCAUGGACGUAUGUGCCACCAAGAGGUCGGACCAGGAGACUAAAGUCACUCUGGUAUUUGAGCAUGUGGACCAAGACCUCAAGACGUACCUCGAGAGAGCUCCCGCUCCCGGAUUAGCUACCGACCGCAUUAAAGACCUCAUGAGGCAGUUGGUGUGUGGUCUUGCAUUCCUUCACUCUAACCGUGUGAUGCACAGGGACCUGAAACCAGAGAAUAUCCUGGUGACCAGUGGGGGCCAGGUGAAACUGGCCGACUUUGGACUGGCCCGGAUCUACAGCUGCCACAUGGCUCUCACUCCUGUGGUGGUGACACUGUGGUAUCGGCCUCCUGAGGUUCUGCUACAGUCCAGUUAUGCCACACCUGUAGAUAUCUGGAGCACCGGCUGCAUCUUCGCGGAGAUGUUCCGACGCAAACCGUUGUUCUGUGGGGAGUCCGAAGUGGACCAGCUUGGAAAGAUUUUUGAAGUGAUCGGCUUGCCAUCAGAGGACGAGUGGCCGACUGACGUGACGCUCUCCAGAAAACACUUUCCCUCGCUCGUGCCGCGCCCCAUUACUGAAUAUGUUUCAGAGAUAGACGAGCAGGGGACACAACUCUUGCUGAACAUGCUGACCUUUGACCCCUUGAAACGAAUAUCUGCCCUGAAAGCACUAGAACAUCCAUAUUUCCACGACGUGGAGACACUGACUCAGACAAAGAGAUGAAGUGAUUCAGUGAAACGCGCAGCGAGAGGUAACAGUGCCUAAGUCUAGACCUGGUCCUAAACGUAAAGGAUUUCAAUUUCACCCACAGCGUCACCUUUCAACAUGUCUAGGUAAUGCUUUGGAAUCGUAUUUUGUUAAAUCUGCAUUAAAAACGCCUAAGAAAGGGGAAUUAAAAAAAACAGAAGAGGAGUGAACUUAACGAUCACUGGCUUUCCAACAUGUAUGUGUCACAGUUAAUGAUGUCAACAUGUCACGUCUUCAAGGACAGUACCAGUGUUUUAGAUGUUUGAUUUCUGUAUCAGUCUCUCGACUCGUGAACCGAAGCGUCUGUCGUCUCUUCUCAAAUGUUGCUCUUGUUACUUUUGUACAGCAGUUAGACGGAGGGAAGCAGAUGUGUCACCUUUUCUUGAUACAGGCUGAACACAGUCUGACAGAAGAGCCACCUCAGGGGGUUUGAACAGGCAUGCAGUCGUUUUUGUGAAUUUACUGUGUUUCUGGCAGAAAUGAAUCUGUAUAAAAACGUAUGACACAUACCUGUAUUUGAAUCAAUGCACAAUGGUCUGAGGUAUCAGAACGAAAAACGCACAUGAAAGACGUAUUACAAAAAAACUGGUAUUGCUCUUGUAUACUCUGAUAAGGUAAAAUAAACUGUUUCUAUUAUUGGA